AUGGAAAACAUCCAGGUAGUGCACCAAACGGAAUCGUGGACGCAUCAUGUCGAACCGCCAUCCGAGUUCGAAGUGGUUGAGAAUGGAAGCUUCGGCUGGGAACAAGACAAAUUCGUCCUCCAAGGCAUCUACGCCAAGGUACCAAAGUCGUCACUUACCCUUAUUGUCGGACCGGUUGGCUCGGGCAAAUCCACGCUUUGCGCUACUUGGAGAAAUUCCCUUUCAUCAAGGCACAGUCACGCUACGCACAAGAGCAAUGGCUUCGCACGUCGGAUUCUACGACCAGACUACGUUUGUGUUAAAUGGAACCAUUAA